CGUUGAUUUUCGUUCAGUUUGCUCGCCGCGAUGAUGUGGAUUGGCUGUCUAUUGUUUGUUCUCAUUUGUGCUGCUUCUACAGCUCAAAAGUCUGAGGCCAAUUCCAACAUUCGGCUUCUGAACAACCUUCUCAGCUAUGUAGUCGAGGAUGCCAAUGCCUGCGGUAAUUACUUCGAGUAUGCGUGCGGCAAGUAUGCUGAGCGACAUAUCAACGAUCCCUUUUCCGAGAUCACCCAGAUGUUAGACCAUAAGGUGAAUAAGAACCUUGUCCAAUUGAUGGAGGAGCUGUACCAGCGAUAUCAGUUGCAAGGGUUAAUCAAGUCGAGUGUGGAAGCCAAAGCCUUGCGAUUUUACGUCACUUGUCGCAACGCUUCGCUAAACACGCGCAGUGCAGAACACUAUCUAAGACUGGCUCCUCCAGACGAGGAUCUUACAUGGCCCCAGCUAACUCCCCGUGCGACCGCCUGGCCCAAGCAUCAGUUUAAGUGGAUCAAGACCCUGGGAUAUCUGCAUCGCUACGGUCUCUCCAAUGUUUUAAUAAACGUGAUAAUAACACCGAAUUUUCAGAACAGCAGCCAAUUUUUAUUGGACCUCAGUAAGCCCAGUUUCGAGGGAGAGUCGCAGCACCUAAAUAGUUUCAUGGAAACAAUCGCAACUCUUCACGUUACGAAAGUCCCGUCAAAAAGUGUACUACCUCUGGCGCGAAAGAUAAGAAGGUUGGAGUCCGCCAUUCGGAUCUUAGUCGAAGACGACGACGACGAUGAGAGCCAACUUAUUAGUGUACAUCAGUUGGAGAGCGCAACCGGCCACGAUUGGCAGAUGUUUUUUGAGUUAAUAGUUGGUUACCGCAUAUCACCCUACUUUCGGUUGCAAGUUCAAAACUUGCACUAUUUCACUGCACUUAAGCAGCUGAUGGACUCCUCAGAUGCCCAGGUGGUAGCUAGCUAUAUCAUGACUCGAUUCGUGAUUUACAUCCUAGAGGACUCCAUGGAUGACAGAGAUCCCGUCGAGUGCAUAAAGGACAUGCGCCGAGGCUUGAAUCUAGCCUCGAACCUGAUCUACGAGGAGCGAUUCCUAUCACCUGCCACCCUGCACCAGUACACCGAAGAUGUUAAAGAACUCUUUGAGCAAUUGCGCCGACAGUUCCUGCUACAAAUUGAUCAAAAUAGCCUUGGGUUGACCAACAAGCAGAAGCGCAUGGUCGCCAGGAAGGCGCAAGAUGUCGUCCUCAAUAUCGGCAACAUGCCUAGGAGCCGUGACCAUCGGAGCUUCGUCAGCCAGUACUAUGACGGCCUGGUGUUUCCGUCCGCAGACCUGGACUACGGUCGGGAACACCUUAAGCUGCUGGAGUUUCGCACCCGAAAGAAAAUGGCUCAACUUCACCAGACGGUUCUGAGUGCCGAAGAGUUUUUCUUCAUGCCAGAUCCGAACACAGCCAUGAGCUCCAGCCCAUACUAUCUGAUGCGUCAGAACGUCAUAAUCGUGCCAUAUGGCCUUCUUCAAGAGCCGUUCUUCGUAUCAGACAGCCACGACGUGUUCAAGUAUAGUCUAUUGGGAUUUGUGCUCGCCCAUGAGUUGAUGCACUCCGUCGAUACCACAGGUCUUUUAUUCGACAGUCGCGGGAACGCUCACGAAACCGGCACUGAAAUAAUAAGCUCACCGCGCUUUAAGGCGGGCUUGGUGUGCAUGAACCGCAUCAAGACGCAGUAUCUCGACGAGCGAAUUGCGGAUAUUUCCGGUCUUGAUCUAGCCUACUCCACAUACCUCCGGAACGCCAGGAACAGGACUUCAGACUUCACAAAAAUUUCCCUGGAACAGAUUUUUUUUCUCAAUCUGGCUCAGUUUUUUUGCGGAGAUGGCGACACAACUAAUUUCGUUGAUCACGACGACGACGAGAUGCGUCUGCAGCAAAUGCUACAAGGGUUCGCCCCUUUCCACAAAUCUUAUGGAUGUCUAAAAAGUAGUUCUUACCACGAUAAGUGCCAGUUGUGAACCGAAACGAACCCGGGCCAUCCAUCGUACAAGGCGACCAUGCGAUUGACGAUUACCAAUGUUCAGAGCACCGAUU